AUGCCUCCACGCUUCAAAUACGACUUGCAAGGCCUCGACCCGAAAGAGCAGCAAACAGAACGAAAAAGAAUAUGGCUCGCCCGACAGAUGCAGGAUCCUGAGAGUGCAGAAAGGAUCAGGGCGCUGAAUCGCGCCAGCAAACGAGCUCAGCGACAUCGCGAAAAAAUCUUUAAAACGUUUAAAGAAUCGGAGUCCCCUGAACAGGCUGCAGAACCUCCUCGAUUUCGCAGGAAAAGGCCGGAAACUACGUCUUCAGAAGUUCCUUCCAUCCAGCACUCCACCCCAGCAGCACGCACCGCAUCUAUCCACAACAGCCUCAUAGACCCUGUACUCAGGAGCCCCAUACGACCCCGUCACAUGGUAGACGCUAACGUCAUGACAGAUCCACCUCAAUGCAUUCCAGACACAACCCAUCCCCUAUCUCCUCCCAACCUAGACUUUAUAACUGGCAUCCUCGGCAUCGAGGUACCGCAACAAUCUGGAACGGUCACUUGGGCUGACGGGCGCAGGACUAUACUUCCGUGUGUCAUGAGUAACGGCAUCAAUAUAUGCGAGGACAACGAUGCCGCCAUGGUGCGGUUCCUCUCCGAGCUCCCUGAAUCGAAACCCUCCUCAAGCAACGUCGUUCACCUCAAACGCGAUGACUUAACCAGAGGACAAUUACAGCAAUCCGUCAGUGAGGCUCUUAGCCAUAACAAACCUGUUAUUAUCCGAGGCGGUGGUAGCAAUAGCGCCACUGCACUGGAUGCAGAAUACCUAGAGAAAAAUUUCGGGAUAUCGCCCCGGAUGCGUGUUACUAUACACGAUGUCGCCAAACGAGUAGAGGAUUUCACUUACCCUCACAAGCAAGGGACAAUACAACAAUUCCUGGACGACAUAAGCAACCCCUCCAAAAUCCAAUGCAUACUUGAUCUGCCUCUCUGCCAUGUAGGUCUCCCCACGGAGCUCCAGCUUCUAGACCACGGCCUCGUAUAUGGCUGGAACCAAACCACAGUUGAUUGUCCCGUUCGCAGUGGCAAGGUUCACCCAGACAACUUUACCACGAAGUCCUGGGCGUUACUUCACCAUGCAGGGUUCGUGUCCCACCCACAUCACGAUGCCGAUGGCGCCAUAACGUUUGUUCGGAUCGAAACGGGCAUCAAGUUCUGGGUAGUAUUCCGCACCAGAAACACACUCAGUCGAACAGCUCUUCAAAAGGCGCAGAUGUUGUUUGCCAACUUCGCCAAAAACCAGGAGGAGAUAAUUUUGACUUGGGAAGCAGAGGUCAUCACACUGUUGGACGGCGACAUACUUUUUCAACCCGCCGGUCAAGUUCAUGCGGUAUACACUCCUAAGAAAUCAUUCGUCACUGGCGGAAACUUGCAUAACUUCGGAUCCUUACAUCUUACCGAGAUAUCUCGCUACAUUGAUGCUCACAAGGCACAGUUCCUCACCAAUCAGGUGCAUGACAACGCUCUGGAGACAUUCCAGAGGAUGACGAUAGCUCUUCCACGGCUCUCACCCAGCUUCAAACUAUAUCAUAGGGCACUCAUCGGCCUCUGCCUGAUGGUGAUCAACCGCGACAAGUACAAGGCUUCGAACCACUAUCAGGGAUACAAAAUAGUCGAAUCAGAGAGCACGGAAAGAGCGGUCGCCAUCGCCACAGCGAUCACUUCUCACUUCUACAAGGAUAUAGCCAUGGCGCAGCGAUCCUACCGUUCUGGUGAUCAAAGCGACCCGGGUGAGUUAAUUUCGCAAGAGGAACUUGCGUCGUGUCUUCGACCAUUCACAUCCCUGACUACAUGA